AUGCUGGAGUUGCUUGAGUCGAGGACCCCUGCAAUCAAGGUUGGAAACAAGGGGUUCCUCGAGGUAGCCGGGGUUGGCACCGUGGAGGUGCGGUGCGAGGCUCCAACCGAUGAGCGAGUUAACCUUCUCUGGAAGGAGUUGGACUCCAAGGAAAGUACGGAGCUCCUCGAGCUCGUGCACAUGGACGUGUGCGGGCCCAUGCCGGUGACGUCAAAGGGGGGCAGUAGGUACUUGCCCACUUUCCUCGACGACUAUAGCAAGUUUUCGAUGGUGCAACCGAUGAAACGGAAAAGCGACGUCACGGCGGUCACGGAGGGCGUGUUUGCCCGUUUGAGAUUGCAAGUCGGAAAAAAGUCAAGGCAGUGCAAACGGACCGGAAUGGGGAUCACGUUAAGGCGGGAAUGA